AUGAGCAAAUGGAGAUUGAUUGCACACUUGCAAUUCUCCUCUCCCAGAUAUUCACCACCAGUACCUUACUAUUCUCACCCUUUCAAGCUCUCCCGCCAAAUUUUCCUCUUCAGCUUCAAUAGACUCCUCACUUCUUCUUCCCCUGACAACCUCGAGGGUCUUGUGGAUCCGGAUCUUAAUCUCCCCGGAUAUGAGUUCUCUUUGCCGGAAAAGUCACAGGUUGAAUCCGCUUUGGCAGAGGAAUUUGCUCCCCUCCGCAAUUCGUUGCUGGACUCUGCUGCUGAAAGUAGCUCUUCAAAUGGCAAAUUUGGAUCUGGUAAGUACUUAAACGACGCUUUAUUGAUUUCCAAUGCGAUUAUGAAGAAUAAUGAUAAUUUUGGGGAUGAAACCCAAAAAUUUCUUAGGCAGUUUAGGCGGAAACUCGAUGAGUCUUUGGUAGUUGAUGUGUUGAAACUUGUACAGAAUGCUGAACUAGGUAUGAAGUUUUUUAUGUGGGCUGGUCGACAAGUAGGUUAUAGGCACACUAUUCCUGUUUAUGAUACGUUGUUAAAUAUAAUAGCCUGUGCUUAUAAUGACCAAGUGCCGGAACAUUUUCUUCGAGAAAUUAAGGAUGAUGACAGGGAGGUACUAGGGAAAUUGCUUAAUGUAUUGAUUCGGAAAUGCUGCCGAAAUGGGUUGUGGAAUGUAGCCCUGGAAGAGCUAGGGAGGCUCAAGGAUCUUGGAUACAAGGCCUCACAAACUACUUAUAAUGCUUUAAUCCUUGUGUUUCUGAAAGCAGGUAAAUUGGAUACAGCAUUUUUGGUUUAUAGGGAGAUGACAGAUUCAUCAUUUCGCAUGGACAGUCAGACUUUGGGUUUCUUUGUGUAUUCUCUUUGCAGAGUGGGUAGGUGGAGAGAAGCACUAGAUUUGAUUGAAAAGGAAGAGUUCAUCCCUGAUACAGUAACUUACACAAGGAUGAUAUCUGGAUUGUGUGAAGCUUCACUUUUUGAAGUAGCUAUGGAUAUGCUAAAUAGGAUGAGGGCUAAUGCCUGCGUUCCUAAUGUUUUAACAUACAGGAUUCUGCUUUGUGGUUGUCUGAAUAAAAGACAGCUGGGUAGGUGUAAGAGAAUUCUUAGUAUGAUGAUGAUUGAAGGUUGUUACCCGAGUCCCAGAAUAUUCAAUUCUCUUGUUCAUGCAUAUUGCAGAGCAGGAGAUUAUUCAUAUGCCUUUAAAUUGCUUAAAAAAAUGGCAAAUUGUGGUUGCAAACCAGGUUAUGUGGUUUACAAUAUUUUAAUUGGUGGUAUUUGUGGCAAUGAGGACUUGCCAAGGAAGGAUAUUCUUGAACUAGCCGAAAAAGCUUAUGAUGAAAUGCUUGAUGCAGGGAUUAUACUAAAUAAAAUCAAUACCAGCAAUUUUGCAAGUUGCCUUUGUAGGGCUGGUAAAUACGAGAAGGCAUUCAAUAUUAUUCGUCAAAUGAUGAAUAAGGGAUUUGUACCAGACUGUAAUACAUACUCUAAAGUUAUUGGUUUUUUGUGUAAUGCUUCAAAAGUUGAAAAAGCUGUUUUGUUAUUUGAAGAAAUGAAAUGGAAUGGCAUUGUUCCAGAUGUCUAUACAUACACAAUUUUGAUUGAUAGUUUUUGUAAAGCUGGCCUUAUUCAGCAGGCACACAGCUGGUUUGAUGAAAUGAGACAAAAUGGUUGUACUCCUAAUGUUGUGACUUAUACUUCUCUAAUACAUGCUUAUCUUAAAGCAAGGAAGGUAUCUGUUGCAAAUGAGAUAUUUGAGAUGAUGUUAUCGGAAGGUUGCUCUCCAAAUAUUGUCACAUACACUUCACUGAUAGAUGGUCACUGUAAAGGUGGAGAUAUUGAAAAAGCUUGCCAGAUUUAUGCAAGAAUGAGGGGUGAUAGGGAAAUCUCAGAUGUAGAUAUGUAUUUUAGGAUCGAUGGCAGCCCUCAAGAACCAAAUGUUGUUACAUAUGGAGCUUUGGUAGAUGGUUUGUGCAAAGCACACAAGGUUGAAGAGGCUCGUGACUUAUUGGCUGCAAUGUCAACAGAAGGUUGUGAGCCAAAUCACAUAGUAUAUGAUGCUCUUAUUGAUGGAUUUUGCAAGGUUGGGAAGCUAGACCUAGCACAAGAGGUUUUUGCAAAGAUGUCAGAACGUGGCUACAAUCCAAAUAUUUAUACCUACAGCUCUUUAAUUGAUAGAUUGUUCAAGGACAAGCGGCUGGACCUUGUUAUUACAGUUUUAUCUAAAAUGCUAGAGAAUUCUUGCCCUCCCAAUGUUAUAAUCUACACAGAGAUGAUUGACGGACUUUGUAAAAAUGGAAAGGUUGAUGAAGCCCAUAAGCUUAUGCUAAUGAUGGAAGAAAAAGGUUGUCACCCUAAUGUUGUGACAUAUACUGCUAUGAUAGAUGGCUUUGGAAAAGCAGGUAAAGUUGAAAAGUGCCUUGAACUCUUCAGACAGAUGAGUGGCAGGGGUUGUGCCCCAAAUUAUGUCACUUACAGUGUUUUGAUAAAGCAUUGCUGCACUGCCAACCUUUUGGAUGAGGCUUGCCAACUCCUGGAGGAGAUGAAGCAGACAUAUUGGCCUAUUAAUAUUGCAGGAUAUCGUAAAGUUAUUGAAGGGUUCAGCAAAGACUUCAUCAACAAUCUUGGCCUUCUAGAUGAGAUAAGUGCACACGAUUCUCUGCCAGUCAGUCCAGUUUACAGAAUUCUGAUUGGCAGCUUUUGCAAAGCUGGAAGGCUGGAAAUUGCUCUUGAGCUGCAUAAAGAAAUUUCUUCAUCUGCACUGUUUUCAUCUGCUGAUAGUAAUAUGUGUACUUCGUUGAUUGAGAGCCUCUCUCUUUCUGGCAAGGUUGAUAAGGCCUUUGAAUUAUAUGGAGACAUGAUAAGGAGGGGUGGGAAACAUGAUUUAAGUAUCUUCUCUCUGCUCAUUAAAGGACUUAUUAAGGUGGACAGGUGGGAGGAAGCACUUCAACUUUCGGAUAGCCUAUGCAACAUGGUGCGUUGA